GCAACUGACCUGGCAACAGGGUAGGCCUGACAAACACGUCUGGUCUUCCGGAGUCUCCUCUGCUGUCUGUGUCUUCAGGCCACCAUGGCCCUGCUCAGGCCCCCGGUGCUUCUGCUAGCUCUGGUUGUCUCUGAACUCCACGGCCUGCCCUGGUUCAUAAAUGUCUCUGAGAGCCAGGGACCUGGUGCCAUCCUUUACUCCUUCCCCAUCAACUGCACGUCUUACGUGCCCACCCUGGAGUUGCUCUACGUGCAGCCACCAACCACCUUCUUUAACCCACCCAGCCUGAACAGGCAGCAGAAGACCUACAUGGCCAUGGUGACCUUAAGUAGCUCGGCCCGGCUGGAUGCCCUGGCAGUGAAUCACUACAGACUGCAGCUGCGGCUCACAUGUGGCAAGAAAGUGUUGGAGGCACCCCUCUCUGUGAAUGUGCACCGGGACCCUGGCUACAGCCCAUGUGCCGGCCAAUUUGCCAACCCAGGUGGGGAAAUCAUUCAGGUUCGGGAAAUGGUCACCCCUCGAGCCCAGCUGUACACUCUGCUGCUCCCAGGCCUGCAACUCCAGCGUGCCCAGCUAAGCAUCAACAGUGCCCAGGACCCUCCAUACUUCCCCGGACCUUUCUCCAUCAAUGGGCAAGGCUGGCUGCUGGCACCAUCCCAGGGCCUCAAAGGCCAUGCUCCAAAGGUCUUCCCGCUUGAGGUUUUGGUGAGCUUUGGCCAAAAUCAAAGCUGCCACAGGAUGCUGAAGGUGAAAGUUUUGCCUGAUCCCUCCAGUCAGAUCUCCUUCCUGGGACAGGCCCCAAAUGUCACCAUCCUGGAGGACCUGGCCCCCGGCAGUAAUGUAGUUCAGGUUCGAGCCCAGGGCUUAGACGUGCGCUACGAAAUCCUCUCCCCGGUGCCCUGCCCGCUCUUCUCCAUCGGACGUGAGGACGGCGUGGUCCGCACCACCGCACCCUUGGAGUUGGCGCCUGCCCGGGGCGUGGCGGUCACUAGGCUUCAGGUGAAGGCCUAUGAGCGGCGCAGGCCGUGGGCCAGCGCUGACCUCGAUGUCACGGUGAACGUGCGUUCGGUCAACCGCUGGCCCCCGCGCUGCCUCCCAGCAAUGCUAGUGACUGAAAUCCCAGAGACCACGCCGGUGGGCACUGUGCUGAAAACCUUCACUUGCACUGAUCCCGACUCUGCUGGCUCCCCCCUCGACUACGAGCUGCAGUUCCACAGCCCGCCUGGUCCUGCUAGCCUCUGCCUUCGAGGCAGGGCCUUGGAGGUGCCCAGUCCCGCCUACAGACCCAUGUGCUGGGUGCUCCAGGACAUGAAGGUGAAUGCCACACUGGACUGUGACACUCCUGGGGCCUGCUUUCAGCAUGCAGCCUCCAUCCUGGUGCUCGAUGGUGGUCAGCCCCCCAUGACCAGUGAGGUACCAGUAUUGGUGAUGGUGACUCCUGUCAAUGAGUUCUCCCCAGCCUGUGUCCCUCGCACAUUCCGGAUCCGGGAGGAUGCAGGGCCCCACACCCUGCUUGGCUCUGUGGUGGGCACAGACAAGGAUUACCCACACAACAGCAUCGAGUACUACAUCUCUGGUGGCCCCACCACCUUCUCUGUGGACCGUCUCAGCGGGGAGGUUCACCUCCUGGGAUCUUUGGACUAUGAGCUGCAGACACUGUACAGGCUCACUGUCCUGGUAACUGACCAUAGCCAAGACCAGCACCCCACCCAGCGCCGCUCUGGCUCCUGCACCAUUACCAUCGAGGUUGAGGAUGUGAAUGACUAUGCCCCCAAGUGUCAGCCCCCAUUUCAAGAACUCACCAUCUACGCUCCUCUGGGCCAUAGUGUGGAGGUAACCAAGGUGUCAUGUUGGGUUCCUCAGGAGCCACAGCGUCGGGCCUUCUCCUACAGCAUCGUGGGAGGGAACAGUCAGAGCCGAUUCAGCCUGCAAGGACCCAUCCUGGUGCACAAGAGCAUCACGUGGGGACCCCACUGGCCAGAGCAGCCCCAUACUUAUGAGCUAUUGAUCCGGGUGGCUGAUGCAGGUCCCUCCAUCCCCCACCUCAGCACCACAGCCACCAUCAUAGUGCAUCUCAUUCCCUGGAGCACCAACACAGUGACCACCCGCACCCACAGAUCCCCAGUGCCUUCAGUGAUGACACCCCUGCUCGUGACAGACGUGGAGGCUUUCUGGCAGCCGGAACCUUGGUUUGUGGUGGUGCUGACUGUGACAAGUGCCCUCUUUCUCUUGGCUCUGGGCUGGCUCUUCAACAGGCUCUUUCAGGGGUUGGCCCAGAUGCUGCAGACACCAAGCAAAUCAGCCCAGGCUCUGCUACUAAACAGUAUCCAGGGAACUGAGGAGUCCAUUGAGGGGUUCACGGAGGCACCGAGGACAGAGAUGCCACGGGCACCCAGCAGUGUCGUGAGCCUGCAGCACUUCGAUGGCAGAGCACAGGACUCCCGUACAGGCAGAGAAUACUUGUUCAACACGCUCACGGGAGCCCGGCGCUGGCUCUGAGGCCAAGAAGCUGCUUCACUGCUUCACUGCGUGUGGCAAUCCUUCUUCCCAUGAUCAGCAGUUGAGACUGCAAGUUGAUUCUAUAAUAAACAAAAUUACAAACAGAA